AACAGGCAACAAACGAGUGGGUGACUAUCGGGAGUCCCUGCCACCAUUGCCUAGUUCAGCACGUUUCGUUGGAUUGUUAUGACACGUAAAAUAAUCACAAAAAAUAAACCGUAUCAAAUAUACGAAGAAAUUCGAAAAAAGUAAUCUGUCUUAAUUUUAAAGUCAUCUUGACAUAUUAGAAUGAAAACUAUAACAAUUAAUGAACCGAUAAACUUGCGAGUAAUAAAAUUUGAACUUGACUUCUCAUCAUUGUAUCAAGACAAACCAAGAACGCAGAAAGCAUUGAAUAAAAUUAAAAUACCAAUACAAAAAGUAAAUAAUACAAAACAAACCAGAAAUAUACCACCGCCACCGCAGAUCAAGAGUGCUAAGCAGAAGCGUGAUGUUAAGGAUUUAAUAGAGGAAUUAUUAAAUGAUAUUUAUGCAGAUCAACGGGGUUGGAGUACUCGUAGUAAUAGCGUCACUGAUUACACUCAAGAAUCCACAGCUGCAUCCUUUACAUCAUCACAUUCGAACUGCGGAGAACAAACAGACGCCAUCGAACGGAGUUACCUAGAAUCCUUAGAUAUCGAAGAGCUCCGUGAACAAUACAUUGACGGAAAAAACAAUUUACAAAUAGUUGGAGAAAGAUUAACAAAAUAUUUGCGGAUUCGAGAUCGAAUUCACCGUCAACAGAAGAAACUAUGCGCAGCUUUCUCUGUGCUUCUCCGCCACAUUACUGGCGAUACAAGUGCUCGUUUUGGUGUCACACCUGGCAACGAAGGCCCCGGCGAGGGAGGCUUCGCGGAGUGGCUGCAUGCGAUGCGCCUCGUCGCACGCCUUCCUGCCGGGGUUCCACAACACUUUCGAAGAAAACUAUGGCUGACGCUAGCGGAUCGCCACUUGACCGCACGGGGUAUCGACUGGCCGGUCGCCGAACGGGCUUGCUUCAGAGGGACUGCCCAGCCCGAUGAUACUGAACUUAGUGCUCAGAUUCUAAAGGAUCUUCACAGAACUGGCUGUUCUCUUUUCUGUGGAGCAGAAGGUCGAGAAAAUCAAGCAAUGCUUCGAAGAGUAUUAUUAGCUUAUGCUAGGUGGAACAAAGAUGUCGGUUAUUGUCAAGGUUUUAAUAUGUUAGCAGCCAUUAUUCUAGAAGUGAUGGAUAAGUCAGAGUCAGAUUCUUUGAAGGUGAUGAUAUACCUAGUUGAAGCAGUACUACCAGAAGGGUAUUUUGCCGACGAUCUUCGAGGGCUAUCAGCGGACAUGGCUGCCUUCAGAGAUCUCUUACGAAUUCGACUACCGCGGCUUGCUCAACAUAUGGAUCAUUUACAAAGAAUAUCCGAUGGUGGAGGAGUAGAACCUCCAUUACCAGAUGUGUUCACGAUGCAAUGGUUCCUGACACUGUACGCCACGUGGCUGCCACGCGACUCAUUGUUGAGAAUCUGGGAUUUAAUCCUCCUGGAUGGCAACGAAAUACUACUACUGACGGCGCUAGCCAUCUGGGACAUGCUUCAAGAUCGCAUUCUAUCAGCACGGUCAGCAGACGAGUUUUACAGUUGUAUGGGUGGUGGUGUCGGUGCAGUAUGGGAGGCAGGAGAUGCUCUAGUUGUCAGAGUGGUCGCUUUUAAUUCAGCCCCCGAGCUUCCACGAUUACGCAAUCUUCACAGGUACAGAGUCGCACCGCCUGCGCCAGCGAACGUUGCACCAGUACACCCUCCUUUACAAUCAGCGGUACAGUCAAUGACGAAACGGGGUCUACGUCUUUUUUACUCAGAAGACGAAGGAGACUCUAGUGAUGAUGGAAAUAAAAUGGCUUUGGCAACGGUUAUACCCAGACGGAAUGAUCGAGCCGGUGACCGACUUUCAUUAGACAUAGGAGCGCUUAAAAGGCAAUAUGCUCGACUUCGUGAACGACAACGUCAAGCUCAUGUCAUUUUAGCGGCUGCAUGUGCUCGACACGCUGCAGGUUCAGUUGGUGUUCCUACUUCACCAACUUCACUCACAGUGAACAAUUUACUACUGGGUAAAAGUGCUAUCGUUAGUUCAAGAGGACGACGGUUAGGUCCACCACCGGGAGCUAUACCACCAUCUCGCCAAACAACAUCUCUAGCUGAAAUUACAAGUCAACGUCAUAGCAGAAUUACAAAUGAUACUAUUAGCUGGGAAGAAGAAAAACAUCGGAAAUCGCAAAAUAGAAGAAACUCCGUUAAAUGGAAAGAUAUUAAAAAAGAAAAAACCGUAGAAAUAGGAAGGAAAACAUCAAUUGAUUUAGAAGAAGCUGGUGAUGGUAUUAUAGUAUCUGAAUUGGAAGCUAAUGCAAUGAUAGCUUCAAUGCGAUCGCGUAGUUCUAGCGAGACAUCUUCGUAUUCAUCGCGAUCUGAAUCUAGUACAGAUACAAGCCUUUGUGAUGAAAAUGAAAAAGCAAGUGAUUCAGAACAAGAUAUUCCUAUUGAUGAUAUGGAAUACAACAAAUCAAACACUAAAAGUAAAAAGCAAUCACCAAAAUCAAAUUUUCCAGACUGUAAAAAUGUUAAAAGUAGUCCACUAUCAGUUAGUAAGAUACCUUCUAUUGACUACUCUUACACACAAGAUAAAAAAAUAAAUAAAACAGAUAUAAAUGUUAAGAAGAUAUCUGAAUAUCUUGACUCUGCUGCUGGUGAAUCAUUACGUGUUUAUAUAGAUGGAUUUGAACUUAAACUAAAAGAACCUCAUAAUGAAAGCAAUAAAAAAAAAGAUAGACAUACUACUAGCCCGCUUAAAUGUAUGCGUCAUCAUAGAUUAAUAUAUGACAAGAAGUUUCAUAAACCAGAAUACGAUGAAAGGAAGAAUUGUAAAAAGACAAAUAUAUCAAAAUCUAAUACUUUAACAGAUUAUAGUCCUAUCAAUUCACCUCGCCACUGCGCCAUCGAAAUUGAUACAUUCUACAAAAAACUACCAUACAAACAAUACCCUACUUCAAAGUUGCAGAAAAAUUCAAGACCACCCGAUAUUAUCGACAGUUUUGUUAUGAAUCCAAAUUUUGUGACUGAUAUAGAUUUAUCUGAAGGAUUAAUUCCAGAUACUGAAAAUCCAAUCAAAAGUCCCGGUUCUGAUAGUGUUAUUAUCAGUGAAGACGAACCGCCGAUUCCAUUAAAAAUUGAUAAAUAUUUUGAACAUAGUCCAGAGUUUUUCGGGGCUAGAUUGUCGGAUCCUAAUAAUUCUGAUAUUCCAAGUCGACGUCCUACUAAAAGAAAUUCACGUUUACCAAAAAAACCAGAUUCGUUAACACUUCAAAGCAACAUUAAUGAAAAUAAUUUAAAAACUGAAGUGGAACGUGCCUCUUCAUUACCGCAGAGUCAUAGUUUUGUAUGUAGAAAAUCUGUAAGCCCCGGAUUAAAUGAUGACAAAAACACUGAAACACAAACAGAAGAUGUAAUGGAAAAUAAGAAAUACAAUAAUGGUAAAAGUCUUCUUGAAAGUAAAAACGAAUCUUUUAUCGAGGAUAUACUUACAGAUAGUGGACCAGCUUCAUCAAAAGAAUACAUUUUGAAGUCUGGGAGGAAAAACAGUGAAAGAGCUUUACAAAUUAUACAAGAAAAUUCACAAAUUCUCAGUCGAAUACUAACAAAACAGAAUAUUACUUCUGUAAGUAAUCCAUCACAAGAGAGUUUAAACGAUAGUGUAAAAAAAUCAUUAAAAGACAAUAUAAAUUGCUCGAAAACUGUUGAAACAAAAUUACUAAACACAUCUUUGCUUAAAGAAUCUACCUCUGAUUCAUUGAUCGGAUGCCUAAAAAGGAUUCCAAAGGAAAUCACAUCAGACAAAAGCGAUAUUCUGAAAGUAAGACCAAUUUCAAUUGAUGAUCCCUUUUCUUUGGAUAUACGUAACGUUGCAACGGGGAGUAAUGAGUUUUCUUUUAAAAAUAUUAAAACACCUAGUACAGAAUGUCUUGGCAAUAAAACAGAUUUAUAUGGGUGGGAAAAUAAGGGUUUUUUUGCGAAAUGUGAUUAUAAAAAUAACUUAAGUCGAAACGACCAUAUUAACACUGAUUAUAAAAAAACAGGUAAUGAUAUUUCCAUUUCCAGUGAUCACCGCCAUAAAAAUACGAGGCCUGUAUCAGACGAAUGGUCUCGAUACUCACUCUCAAGCGAAUCAAAAAUAUCGGUUACGUUACCAUCUUCAGAAAACAAAGACACGUCUACUUACGAGCAACGAUUAACUUCUGAUGAUUAUAACUAUCCACAGUCACAUUCAACAAAAUAUAAUGAAUUAUUACUGCUAAAAACAAGCGAUGUUUGUAGUAAAACAUUAGAUCAAAGUCCAAAAACAUGUGAAAAUUUUUUAAAAACUGAAAACAGCUCACUUAGUGAUUUUUCACAGAAAGUAACAUCCUCUAUUAGCUUUACUUGUGAUCCGUCUGUAGAUGAUGAUUCACCCAUGGGUGCAAAAAGUAAUUCAAGUGAUACUUUAUGCCAAAUUACGUCAUUAGACCAAGUGUCUACACCUAUUUCGCCAAAAGUAUUUCCAAAUAGAGAUACAAUAACACUGUCAAGGGACUCAAUGGAAAUAAGUGAUAAAGUCAAAACUGAUCAUGACGACACUUGCAGUACUAUAACCUCGCUUUUAGACACAGAUACGUUAUCAUCGUUAUCGUUUCCACGGAGUCCUUCGACAGGAUCAUACCAUCCAUUUCCAACCCGACCACCAAUACGUUUGCCUAAAGAUAUUGGAGUUAAAUUAGGUAUGUAUCCAAAAGAAUCGAUAAAUUCGCCUCAAAAAUAAAACUGACCGAAAAUAAUAAAAAUAUAAUUUAUUUUAUAUUUGAAUGUUGUUUUAUAAUUUUAAUUGUUUUACAUAUAUUUUAUGUUAGCUUAAUAAUUAAUUAUAUUUAGAGAUAUUUAGAAAUUAAGUUUUUGAUAGAUUUACUUUAUUGAUUGUUAUAUCAGCCAAUCUGUUAUGACUUCGAUAAGCAGUUACUUAAGUAUUGUUUAAUUGUAACGUAAAAUAUUAACUUUUAAGCUCUUAAAAUUCGCUUAAUAGCUAAUUCAGAAUAUGAUCAGCUGAGUUUUUAAAUAUUGUAUAAAAUAAACAUCGCAGACAAACUAAAGCAAUCCAUUUUCUAUUUGAGCUUUGUAAAUUACUUAUAGAACAAAUAUAUUGCCUUCUUACGGACGUUAGAAAAAGGGUCUAAUAUAAAACACAGAAUAUUAAAUGUCAAUAAUUCAUGAUUGAAAUCAAAAAGUAAAAUUUAAGGAAAUAAGUUAAAUAUAAAACUAUCUUCGACAUAUAUUAAGAGAAAUUACUGUUAUAUGGAGAUAAUAUUUAUUAUACGACAAUAUGGACAAUUAAACAUUAUGUGAUCGCA